AGUUCCAUUUUAUUGGAUUGCUAUUCCAAAUCCGGUACCCUCUUGCUUCUACAGGCACCGCGUGUACUUGCUGUUGGUACACUAGUGGUGGCACAAAGCGCUGAGUCGAUCUAUCAAGCCGACAUUAAGCCCUUCCUAAGUAAUCAAGCCCAUAAAUUGGUUAUCGUAUUUCAAAAGUGCGUUGUUGUUCAUUCGUGAAAACUCCCUUCCGGGCGGCGUUACAUCGAGCGAUUGCCUCUUCAGAUCAUUUACGUUACUCAGCAUUGGUUCAAACAGCGGUCUCCACCAGUCGGCAUGUCACGUUUCAGAUAUUUAAAGCGCUGUAUAGCAACAAUCGGUGAGCAAAAUUUACACACCAACUGUUACUAAGAUCAAAUAUUGCUGCGCAAUUUUAGCAUUCUCCUUGUAGUUAGAGGAAGGUUUGCUUUCGACACACAAGUUUUUGUCCGAAUGACACAUCAACGUAUACAAAUGCAUCAAUUAAUCAGAUUACCACUGAUUAGCAACGAUCAUUCUGCCGUCCGUACCCCACAAAUUACCUUGGGCUCACAAAUCGAAAACCUCACAAUAAAACUCAAAUUAUUCCCUUGUUAUAGUGUGAACGUUCUCCGCUACUUUCCGGAUCUUGGAAUUUGUACGAUCGUUGUCAAUACUAAGCUUGAAAGAUAAGGUCAGCUUUAACUUUCGAUCCGUC